AUUUACCGUAGCGUCUGCUCUUUUAUUUUAUAUCUACAGAUACGCGUUCGUCUUCGCGCGAAACUUGGCGUUAAUUAGGUCUUCUCCGCUGCUGCCGAGUAGGUUUGCGCGACAUCUAGGAAGACGAUGUAUAUGUUUUAAAAGAGAUUGUAAAUUUAAUAUACGGGAGUCGAGAGUUGAAGCUGAAAAAAUAUGGGGCUGACGAUACAUAACUGAGAGAAGCGGUGUUAACUUGCUGAACGUCUUUUCUUCCUCCGGGCUCUUACUAUUUCUCCUCAAGGGGAGGCAUUUGAUAGUUAAUGGUGAUAAACGGGACGUUCAUAAUUCCACUUUUUCUUAUUAUUAUAAUUAUUUUCUUAACAAAUUGUGUGCAUUUAUAACCCUUCUUGUACGUCAUGUAGUUUAAACGUUAAAUAUUCCCUCGGAGGAGGAAAUAUAAAGAAACCGAACAAGGAUAAAGAGGCGACAGCUUGGGUACAUUUUUAUUUAUGUUGAUUUUAUUGUGCUAUGUGGCGCAACCUGGAAGUGCUAAAAUAAAUUAAACGCGUUCCGCUUUAAGUCAGUGCGUUUUUAUGCAAACAAAUGAUCGAUUUAACAAACAGCCAAUUAAAGUCUAAAAUGAUCCAAAUCACUUUCAAGUGUAACCAACUGUUUCAAGGAGGAAUCCGAGUAAAGGUGGGCCGAUGUUGAACGCCGUGCAAAUGAGGUUAAAUAUUUAUUCCAGCCGGUUUACGUACGUUACCACGCGUUUGUAACUUAUUAACAACCCUUUUAUGUCCACUUAAGCCGUAAAAUUCGGCGUUUUUUUACGAGCGUUUAGAGGUGAGUGCUAUCGAUUCAUCACCAGAGGCACCUUAAGAGGCGGGUUAACAGAGUGAAGUGACAGAUCACACAGCCAGUGACGUGCCUCUCGGAGUGAGCUCAUACAUAAAGAUUGACGUGCGCUUUAUCAAACCAGGGAUCGGAUCUCGCCUUUACAGCCAAUAUUGAAGUUGCUGGGGAGGGCGCAUUAGCGUUAGAUUUGAUCUCGGAUUUUAAUACAGACCUAUUCCAGGUCAUGUGAUACCUACACCAGUGUGGAAUUUACUCGUGCCAACUUUUCCUCAAGCUCACCCUUGGACCCUGAGGACAUAUUUCUGGAUGCUGUUGUGGAACCUAACUUCCUGACCUUUUACCUAAGGAUGUGGAUGUACCUUGCUUUCGGCUGCAGAAAGAGGGAAUCUUUAUGGAUCACGUUUCUGUGAGGCUUAUUGUUCAACCAUGGUAAAACUUGCAAACCCUCUCUACACGGAGUGGAUUCUCGAAGCAAUACAGAAAAUUAAGAGGCAAAAGCAGAGGCCUUCUGAGGAGCGAAUUUGUCAUGCGGUGUCCACGUUGCAUGGACUGGACAAGAAGAUCGUCCUUGAGCAGUUGGAUUUAAGUGUUCAUGAUGGCUCUGUCCUUAAGGUUACAAAUAAAGGAAGCGCCUCCUACAAGGACCCAGGAAACCCUGGAAGAAUCGGAUCAAUAUUGCCUGCAAAUGCACCUUUGCCGUCAAAGGAAUCUAUAUGGAAUUCAAGUGAUCUGCGCCAUAUCGAUUGGAAUAAAAUACUCAGGAGGGCCAUCGAGGGUCUGGAUGAUACCCAUGGCUCCUCACUUAAGAACAUUGAGCGAUAUCUGAGGAAUCAGGACGAUCUGUCAGAAGUUGUUGAUAAUUCCGCUUUCCGUCAAAGGUUGCGGCUAGCCGCUAAGCGGUCAGUCAACAAUGGCAGGCUGUUAAAAAACGGCCCUCGGUAUAAACUCAGCCAUGGCAGUGUGGAGGGAAGGAACCCCAGGUGUCCAAGUGCUUCCCCCUUGGUCCUGUCAUCAGUGACACUCCUCCCUCAUGAGCGCGAGCAGCUCCGGGUCGACCCCAUCCCAAUAUGCAGUUUCUGUCUCGGGACGAAGGAGUCAAAUCGGGACAAGCGGCCGGAAGAGCUGCUGUCCUGUGCAGACUGUGGAAGCAGUGGUAAGCAGGCUUCUGUAACGCUUCAUUGAGCAAACGUUUUCAAAAUCAUUGCUUUCUGUUACAGACACUAAAGUGACGUUAAAAAAGUAGCACAAAAAUUGGAAUUGGGAUGGAUUAGAGGUGGGAAAAAUGUUCAGGAUAGGUAGUCGUAGUUGUGAUAUAAAAAGUGAAAGACAGGAUAUUUUCAAAGUAUCCCCCCCCCCAAAAAAAAAUAAAUAAAUAAAAUUUGAAAAGCAUCAAAGAAAAGACUUUAAAGAACAACUUUUUUGAUCCUUAUGGGCUUUUCAUAUCUAGAACCAAUCAAAGUCAGAUUUGGUGGAUAGUGUUUCUGACCAGUAAUGUCCUCAACAUGGUGCUGCCAUCACAUCCAACUCUUUUACAUAAAAGCCAGAUUUGUAGCGUGCAAGAGUAAAAGUUGUCCUGUUGACUGAUUUUCCCAUCACAGCUUUAGACCUCUGCAGUGAAGUUCAACUUGUUUUAA